AUGACGGAACCGAAAGAGGAAGAGCUUGAGGGCGAGGACGGAGGCAAUGGGACGGAUAUGGAUGGUAUACCUGAAGCUUUCAGUGAACUUGCCGGGGAGGUAGCUGUUACAAGCAGCAACGGAGCAAACUCUAACUCAACUAGUAAGAGGAAGGCAGCUGGCACUCCGAGCACUUCCGCACCUCCCUGCAAGAAACCCACAGUACCAGCGCGUAAACCAACAUCGACAUCCAUAUCAACCCCAAAAACCAUCCUCGCUCGCCUCCAGGCCACCAAAUCCUCGACACCUCGCACGCCCGCUACGAGACGACGAACAGCAGUUACUGAGGGAGGUGAUGAUGACGAUCCGCCUGAUAUCACGCCGAGAACGCUGGGUGCGAGAGCGAUUGCGAGAUUGACGGAGAAGGCUUCGAAUGAUCCGUCGAGAGAUUUACAGCCUAUUCGUCGGCCGUUGCCGCCUAGGUUUCAGGAUUGGAAUAGUGAUUCGGACUCCGACAUUGGCGCCCACGAUUCCUCCUCUGAUGAUGAACCCUCAGUCCCCCCACCAACCUCCAACACCAACCUUACCAACCCACAUAUCGAGGAUCCCUUCUACAAUCAAGACCUGUCGGACUCCGAUGCAUCAACCGGUAUCUCUGAAUCUCCCAAUGGCACCCCGCGUGCAUAUUCCCCCUCUGCACCAGGUCCUGAUACCCUCCACCCAUUUUCUACAUCCGCCAAAUACCGUAUCAUGCCUCCUCGAGGAAUCGUCAAAAACCCUGAUGGCAGCACUAUCGACUUCGACUCUUGCAUGACUUUCCCAGAGAUUCCUGAUCUGGAAACCCUGAACAGAAACAAAAACGCUGGAACAAAGAAGAUGGAGGAUGUAGGCGAGAGUGUCAUCCCGCAGAGAAAGGUCGUGUUGAUGAGCUUUUCAGAUAACAUCACCACACCAGACAUCAACUGGACUGUUCACAAAACCCAAACCUCCUCCUCCAACGCCAACACCAACUCAGACAAAGUCACAAUCGGCGAACCCCUCUCACCACCCCUCCACUCCAGCUCGCUCAACCUCUCCACUACCGGCGACGCCAUCAUGCUCGCUUACAUCGAAGCCAAUAAUCGCGCUAAGGCCAAGGCUAAAGAGAAGAAACAGAAGGGGAAGGGGAAGAAGGGUGGAGGGGAUGGAGAAGGAGAUGGGGUGGUUAGGAAGAAGAAGAAGGCGUUGAGACAGCCUAAGUAUGAGAAGAGGAAGUAUACGUGGAAGGAUAGUACGAGGAAGAAUAAGGGGAGAUUGUAUGAUACUCGGAAGGCGGAGGCGGAGGGUGAGAAGGGUUGUGAGGGCGAGGGCGAGGAGUGA